CUGUCUUUGUCCAUCCCUCCAUCUCCUCCAUCCAAUCCUCUUCCUCCUCUUCCUCCUCCUCCUCCUCCUGCUGUCCUUGGAGCUGCUGUUUCGGGUCCAGGCUGCAGUGUUCUGCUGAGUAGCGGUGAAACAGCACUCGCUUGUCAGCAGACAGCUCUCAGCUGAGUCCCAGAGCCCCUCAGGAGGGAAACUACGGCUCCCAGAAUCCUCCGCUGCAGCCCCAAAGUCGGUGCAGAUCCGAGAGGAACCCCAGAGGAACUCUGGGAGACGUGGUCCGACUCCAUCAGCUGCUCCCGGAGGCAGAGGGAGGAGAGGCUGACGUGCCAUGACAACAGUCGGAGGGAGACGCGCUGAGAGAUAAUCACAGAGCCAUGUCUGCAGGCCUGGAGGACACAGACAACGUGUUCGACCUGAACGAGGCCGUCCCAGAGACGGAGCUGCUGGACAACAGCAUCCAGAAGGGCCGGGCCCAGCUGUCCGUCAAAACGCGCCGCCACCGGCCCUCGCGCUCCCGUUACCGUGACAGCGUGAGCUCCACGGAGGGAGACGACGGCUUCGACAGGAAGGAAAGUCCGGUACAGUCCGCGCGCUCACCUCUACACCUGGCCAUGAGAGGCUCCUCCCCCUCACCUGAUUUACUUGUAUCGUCCCGAAGCCCCGCCUUUUCCUUCGACGCAUCGCUGGGGCGUCGGUCUCCAGAGGACGAGGGCGCCUCAUUGGUCGCUCCACCACGGGGGCGGUACCAUCAGUUGACCAACGCCACGUCACAGGAGGCGCUGGUAACGCCGAGCAGCUCGCCGUCUAAAUCCUGCCCCUCCUCCGACUGCUCACCUGUAUACAUGAGGAGGAACAGGAGGCCGGACAGCGAAGUUCUGGUUUCUGACACAAGCCGAGACACGAGUCCAGCCGAUCCCGGCAGUCCGACCGUCGUCUUUGAUAAGAAGACAAAGAGACGUUUCCUGGAUUUAGGGGUGACGCUCAGACGUUCCUACAUCAGAGUGAGGAAAGAUAAAUCCAACAGGCUCUCCGUGGGCAGCAGAGAACCGUCUGAGAGUCCGUCUCGGUCCUCUGGAUCCUUCGUCUCGUUUUCCUGGUUCACUGAAGGUCGGGGGUCCUUCUCAUCCUCUGGGACUCCUCCAUGUUCCCCCAAAAUCCCCCCGCUGGGCUCCCAGAGACCCAGGAAGUCCCACUCACAGGUACUUUCUUCUUUAGGCCUGAAGUACGAGGUCCAGAAUAUGUUUCGGAACGAGAAGUAAAGAGUUUUUGCAGUUUUGGAUGUACUUGAAUGCAUCAUUUUGCAGCUGACUUUUUUUCAGACCCAGACUAAAUCACAAGAAAACAUUUUAACAGCUAGUUUAGAGAACUAUUAUGUAAAAUUUACAUUUUGGAUGUUUUUGUUCUUCUGUUUGGGUCACAAGUGCUUCUAAAACAACCCAAGCAAUUAAAAAAUCUCACAUAGCCAUUUUGAGGCAGUUAGUGUUUUUUGGUGUCUGGAAAAUGAGCCGUUUCAAAAACCUAGUGAUUGUUGAGCCACAUUCAACAGGCAACGUGCCGUUAUCUAGCAACCCCAGAUGAACCUAAGCCAACCCAAGCUGACCUGCAGCACAUUUGGUCAGCUAGUUUUACAAUUGUAUGUAUGUGCGGUUGUACAAUGGCUGCUGGAAAAGACAAGUGUUUUCUUGUUGAAACCACUUGCUGCAUUCUGGUUGGUUGUGGAGAAGGCUCUACUUGCUUUUCAAAGAUGUAUGAUUAUAUAAUUGUGUAUCUGCUUGCAGCCAUUUUCAUGUGAGUAAAGGUUGAGUUGGGGGCGUGGCUAGCAACAGCUUACUUGGACUUAAAGUGACCGAAUCCCUGAAACAGAUCAUUCUGACCUAAGACAUAAAAAUCUCAUUAUCUAAGAAUGAUUAGUGGAAAAAAAAAUAAAAUAAAAUAAUGAACAUGUUUUGUAUAGUCCAUAAAUCUAUCCUGACCUGAUCAGGGAAGCAUAAUACAAUUUUAGGCUGCAUCAAUGUUUAGUGUGCUUUACUUGAACUCUAGUUUGUUUGUCUAGAGGUUCGUUUGGGGACGUGCGAAUGUCCAAUCAAACUCUGAUCCGGACAAAAAACAAAAAAAAAACUCUGCUCUGCCUACAAUCCUAGGUCUCAGUUCGGUUGAAGUGAACUGAUUUGAUGGAGCAGUGUCUAUUUGCAGCAGGUUCUGAUUGGUUGACGGGGUCACAUGACCCGCCAGCUGCGGUUUGCUUUGCGGUCAGUGAAAUAUGUGCUGGUCAGAUUCAGCAGGAAGCUCCGGUUUCCGACUCCUCUCCUCCGCAGCAGAGAUCCUCCAGCAGGAGCCGCAGAGCGAUGUCUCACUCUGAGGCGAAUGCUGGAGUCUGUCUGCUCUGCUGGGAUCCAGGAACCAUUGAAACCCACCAGUGGGCUGCUGAAGGUUUCCUCUGACCAGGGCCGGCCCAAGCCUCCAUGGUUUUGGGGCCCUCUAGUUCUGAAUCAGCAGUCCGAUCAUUAGAUCAUU